UGUGUCUGUGACAUUUAUUUUUCUGAAUCAUUUAUAAUUUGUUGAAUUCGGCAGUAUUUGAACGAUUUCUUAUAAAUUAUUGGUCUAAAAAGUGUUGUGAUUUGAAAUUUAUGUGAAUAUUGAAAUGUAGUGCCUUAUUGGAUAAACUAAAGUAUGAUAGCUGUGCUAAGAAAGUGAAGAUGAUCUCAUUGGCGUGCUGACAUUAGUUACGUUCUUUUCGGCGAUAUCUUGAUUUUAUUGUGAUCUUAGUCCAAUGACCUUCUAGAGUGGGAAGAAAACUAUAUCAAAUUUAAGAAAAUGAAGAAACAGUUCUACAGAGUAAAACAGCUAGCCGACCAAACGUUUUCGAGAUCAGGCAAAGGUGAGAUCUUGCCAGAUGAACUACAAACAGCAGACCGAAAAGUAGAGCACCUUAGAAAUGCAUUGCAGUUGCUUAGCAAGAGGUUGUCGACGGGAGCUGGAAAUACUCAGGGUCAGGACCCUGCAGCUCGAGAAAAAAGGCUGAAAAAACUUCCAGAAUACCUUUUAGGCUUGUCAAUGUGUGAAGCUAGCAACUAUGAUGAUGAUGAUAGUAUCCUUAAAUAUAUUUUGUAUGAAUGUGGAAAAACUGAGAAAUUUCUUGCAAAUGAAAUUGCUGAGCAUGAGUUGAAAGUUGAACAAUUAGUAUGUGCACCACUUACAACAAUUAGUGAAACAGAUUUGCCUGCUAUCAUGAAGGCAAAAAAACAACUUAGCCGACUUAUGAAUGAGAAAGAAUCAGCAGCUAGCAGAUAUAAUCACCUCGAGCGUCAAAAAGAAGAGAAUCCAACUAAGUUAAGCGCGGCUAAAGAGGAAUACGAAGAAGCGGGUAACAAAGUGGAGGCAGCAAGGGAUGCAUUAGCUGCUGAUAUGUUCGCGCUGGUCGCGAAAGAAGCUCAGCUAGCGCACACACUCCUUCAGUAUGUGAAGUUACAGAGAGCUUACCAUGAAUCGGCGCUGCAUUCAUUGCAGGAUACCGUCCCGGAACUUGAAAGGUUUAUAAAUGACAGUUCUGUGAAGCCAGUAUUUGGAUACCCAUUGGAAGAGCAUUUGCGUGUGACGAGUCGCACUAUCGCCUUUCCAUUAGAGAUUUGUGUUUGCACAUUACACGAGCUGGCGCUUAAUGAAGAAGGGCUUUUUAGGAUUGCUGGUGGUACUUCAAAAGUAAGACGCAUGAAGUUAUCCUUAGACGCCGGUUUAUUUAAUGUGCCUCUUCCAUCAGAUUAUAAAGAUAUGCACGUCGUAGCUUCUGUGCUUAAAUCUUAUCUCAGGGAGUUACCGGAACCCCUAUUAACAUUUAGGCUCUACGAAAACUUUAUUAUCGCAUCACGACAACCAACGGAACAAGCCCGACUCAAUUCCCUUUGGGAAACCAUACACUUACUUCCGGAUGCAAACUUCCAAAAUCUUCGCUAUCUAAUUAAAUUUUUAUCCGCCUUGACACAAAAUCAAAGCACAAACAAAAUGACUCCCUCAAAUUUGGCCAUCGUCAUAGCUCCCAAUCUUCUUUGGGCCGUGGACGAGAGUACCUUCGAUAUGAACAUCACUACGGCUGUCAAUUGCGUCGUUGAACUUCUGAUCAAGCACGCCGACUGGUUCUUUAAAGACGAUAUCAACUUUUUCAUUUCCUUCUCCAAAGAACACCUGCUCCCAUAUCAAUGCUCUGAUCAAGACUACGGAUUUACGUCUAACUUUGGACAGGGCUACAAUCAAACCGCUGCUCUUAAUCAGGAACAGUCAAAUGGAGAUUUCAAUAGCAUGAGCAAGUCCCUAUUCGAUUAUAAUCAUCAAGCAUCCAACAAAUCUACGGUGGACGGUCCCGGCCGACACUCUCGCAGUAACAGUCACGACACUAGCUUAAUUUUACUAGAAAACGAUAUUAAAAAAGCACAAUCGAACAGCUCAUUGUCUGAUCAAUCUAGUCCACCGCACGGAAGUCCUAAACCAAUAAUGAGGCGGAAAAAUAAACCUCUCGCCCCUGUGCCUCCUAACUUCACUCCAGACAAGAAAAAAGUUGAAGCACAAACGCAAGUCACAGAAACUAAAGAACUUUCCGUAACGAAAGAAAAUGAAAAACCUGCUAAACCACCGAGGCCGGUUAUAUCAGAAACUGGGAAAGUUAUCACUGGGGUACAAACUAUAAACAGAUCGACGUACCGACAAAGUAAGGCUUUGAAAGAGGAAGCGUCACGCAGUGGAAGCAGAGAGAACCUGGCAGAUACUCGUAGACAAAGCUUUGAGUUCGAAAAAGAGAAGUUUGACUUCAAAAACGAUAAAGACACGCUAGUAGUCAAAAAUAUGACCGCUCAAACGGGGAUAGUAGGGAGAAUGAAAAUCAUCGGCGAUGGGCCGGCAUGGCUGGGAGCAGAGAAAGACAAACCUGUCAGAAUACAAAUCCCAAAACCCACGGGCCAACCACCACCUCGGCCGGUUGCAGCACCGAGGACUAUAGUCCCCGCGCAAGAAACAGAAGACGUCCAACUACGUCAUAAGCCAGCGGUACCAGAGCGGCCAGCUACUCUACGCCCGCAAAGCUUCCGUGGCCAAAGGUCGUCUCUCGCAGAGGGAACGGACGUGGCACCCACAGUAUUAGAACGUACGCACAUCUACACAGUGGACAAACAACAUCCGACAGUGAUUCAAGUGGGUGGAAAUGAAGAGGAGCCACGUGCAACCGUACAAAGGACGCACAGUUCCGGCGGCAAAGAUGCAGAAUUGGACGAACCAAAACUGACUAAUGCCAGUAGGCAGCUCUCGCAGUCGGAUGGCAGCAUUACAGACGGGCCGAAGUCCCCGAAGGCACAGCCUAACCGCCCCCCUCGGCCCAUGGUCCCUGCCCCUCCACCGCCGGUCGUCCCCCCGCAAAACGAGAGCACAGACCUCUAGUCCAGCAUUUAUAUUAACGUAAAUACCAUUAGUUGUACGACAUUGACAAUUAUUCAUCAAGUGUUAGGCCUCGUUUUCAUAAGUCAUAAGUUAAGUCGAGGUGCUCGUGAGCGAUUUUAAAGGCCUUAUGUAUUCGCCGUUUAAUGAUAGUUUACAUCACCAUCUUAAGAUGGCAAUAUUUACGAGACUGAUGCCCUCUAUUUUUACUGCUUUCGUAAAGAUUUAGAAGUACAGCUAUACAUUUCUUUGCGAAUAAUUUAUUUUUGUAUCGGAAGUCGUUUUUAUGAUGAUUGUAGUGUAAUAAAAUUAUAUCAUCUAAUGCUAUUGUCAGAGUGACUCACGUUAUUAUUGAAGUUAUUGCAAUAUAGACGAUAACUCGUCCAUUUAGGAAACGUGGGUUGAUUCCAUAAACAUAUCACAAAGCGUCAAUUGAUUUUAUGUAUUGGUCUAAAUAGAUAUGCUUAUGUACUAUAUAGAUUAUGUUGCAAUUUUUUGUGAUAUUAGAGAUUGGAGUGAGUGUCCUCACCGCGGGCGCACAAACAAUGUUGUAUUAUUUACGCCAUAUUUUUAUAUUGUGACUACAGUGCAUUAGUUUUGGCCGCGCUGUUUCGACUCGUAAUGGCUAUAUGUUAUGUAGUAUUUACGAAGUUCUUUAUGUGAUAUGCAUUUUAUUAUUAUAUACUGCAAGUAUAGCUUCUGUUGUAAGUAUAAUAAAAUCACAAAAUUUGA